AUGUCAGUCAAUUCUGAAAUGACUUGGGCUGAACAUGCAUCUCGUGGUUCUACCAUGAGGUUCUAUCAGCCAUCCAAGAGGCGUUCGGUGGAGGCCGCCGCUUCUUCUUACCCUUUGGUGGGUUCUGUGAUGUUUGAGGAUGAUGAUUUGAAGAGUCAAAUCUUAGCUAGUAAGGCAAUGGCGAUUGUGCAGCAGGCACUUUCUUCUGGUUCAGUUCUCUUUUCUUUCCGUAAGGGUUUGUUUGGUGAUCGUGUGGAUGCGUACAAGAUAAUUCAAACCCAGGUGUCUUCUCUGGUGGAAUUUCGUCCUUUAAGUGUCUACGAUGAAAAGAACGAUGGUUCUUUGCUUAUUGAAGCCAAGUUCGAGGAGGUGGAUAAUGCGAACAAGGCUACGACAACUGGUGUUAACGUGAAUGGCAUGGUGUACAAGGCUGUUCACGCCAAGGAAUGCAAGGAGUUUGGUGAUUUGAAGUUUGUCCAGUUUACUUUGAUGCGCAUCGUCAAAGAGCCCACCUUUCUGCAUGAUUUGAUCAAGUCUUUGUCGUUUUAUGGUCGUGUCCUGCAGGUGAAGAAGUUCACUCGUGGUGGUUUCCUUGAGGGCAAGUUUUCGGUGAUGGUGGAUAUCUCGGUGGGAUAUCAGGUAGAGGGUGGUGAGUGGCAGGAGGCUCAACCUCUAGAUAGAAUGCUCUAUCUCAGCGAGUUUGAUUGCUUUGUCGCAGCGACAUAUAAGGGUGCUCCACCUGUUUGUCAUUUCUGUCGUCAUAGUGGUCAUGUCCGCGCUAAAUGUCCUGAGUUGCUCCAGCGUAGAUGUUAUGGAUGUGGAAAGCAUGGUCACAUGUUGCGUUUUUGUCCUGGUAAGGAGGAUCAAUCUGGUGCCAAGAAGCAAAAGGUGGAUCAUCAACUGAAGGAUUCGGAGGAGGUCACUGAGGCACGUCGACAGACGGUGCAUUUGAUGGAUUUCGUUGCUAAGGCAAAGCUAGGAGCAGGUAGGGAAGUGGAAGAGAAAGUCGAAGAAGAAGAACUCGAGUCUGUAGUAGACGAAGAGGAAGAAUCUCUUCAGGGUGUUGUUGAUGGUGUUGACGCGUCUGAAAAUGACAAGUCCACUGAAAGUGAUAAUUUGGGGGUGCAAAUGGAGGAUCUUCAAGGUGAAGAUCAUCAGGAUAAGUUACACGGAGAUGAUGCUAUGGAAGAAGAUGAUGAAAUCGUGCUUGCUGGUGGUAGUGGUGUCAAGAAGCUUCCUGAUGUGCGCGGCUCUGCAUUCUCGAAAUACGCUUCUAAUGAGGCGGCUCUUACUAUGAAUGUUGACUCUCCAGAGGAGAUGAUGGGUUUGUCGAAGCUCAAAGAGGCCUCUCAAAGAAAGCGAAUGGAAUUGAAUGCCAAUUUGAAGGCUGUGAAUGGUGCUGGUGUUGGUGCUAUUUAG